GGUGGUGUCGUGUUGAUUCAAUCCAAGUGAGUAUAGUUGACGAAUUGGGUGGCUUCGAUGAAGCCAAAAAUAAAUUCAUAUAUGCUAAAUCAUCAUACGAAACUCCGCCAUUUGCACGCAGGACAGCCUUGUGAGUUGGGAUGAAGCUAAUCAACAGGGUUUGCCUUUUCAAAGUAUAAGACUGCUUCAAGCAUUUGGUUCUUUGCUCCUACACAGUUCAUACGAUUUCAAUGUCACAUCGUUGUAGUCUCGCAAAAAAAAAAAGUCACAUCGUUGUAAAACACACAGCCCUGAUGCAAAAUUCCUGCCCAUAACAAGAGAUCAUGCGCUAAUUGUGGUGAAUAUGUGUCACCGCACUCCGCAGCAGUGAACCACCCAAAAACGCGGACAGAUUCAGCAUCCAGCCAGCCACACAGCAGAAUCUCAUCGUUCAAAGUAUCUGAAGAAUCUGCACGUCUUCCGGUCCUCCCCGCAAACCUUUCCGCCCCUCCAUUCCUAUAUAGCUCUCUACGCUCUCCACUUGGCGUCUGUUUGAUUUCUCCUUCUCCCCGCGGACGCGACUCGCGGCGCGAGCACUACACACUCGCUCGACUGCGUUGUCUCGAUCGCCCGGCCUCCGAGCUGAGAUGGCAACGGAGGCAGCGCCGGAGUGGCUUGACAAGGGCGACAACGCAUGGCAGCUGGCGGCGGCGACGCUGGUGGGGCUGCAGAGCGUGCCGGGGCUGGUCAUCCUCUACGGCAGCAUCGUCAAGAAGAAGUGGGCCGUCAACUCGGCCUUCAUGGCGCUCUACGCCUUCGCCGCCACCUUCGUCUGCUGGUGCCUCUGGGCCUUCCGCAUGUCGUUCGGCGACCGCCUCCUCCCCUUCGUCGGCCGCCCCGACCUCGCCGCGCUCGACCAGUCCUUCCUCACCGAGCAGGGCUUCGCCGGCGCCUACCCGGCCGCGACGCUCCUCUUCUUCCAGUUCGUCUUCGCCGCCAUCACGCUCAUCCUCGUCGCCGGCUCGCUUCUCGGACGCAUCAACUUCCGGGCGUGGAUGCUCUUCGUCCCGCUCUGGCUCACCUUCUCUUAUACCAUCGGGGCGUUCAGCCUCUGGAGCCCCAACGGGUUCCUUUUCAAGGCCGGUGUCAUGGACUUCGCCGGCGGAUACGUCAUCCACCUUUCCUCCGGCAUCGCCGGCUUCACCGCCGCCUACUGGGUGGGUCCGAGGACGGCCAAGGACAGGGAGGCGUUCCCGCCGAACAACAUUCUCCUGACGCUCGCCGGCGCGGGCCUGCUGUGGAUGGGGUGGACGGGCUUCAACGGCGGCGCGCCGUACGCCGCCAACAUCGACGCGUCGCUCGCCGUCGUGAACACGCAUUUCUGCACGGCCACCAGCCUCCUGGUCUGGCUCUGCCUCGACUGCUUCGUGUUCGGGCGCCCCUCCGUCAUCGGCGCCGUCCAGGGCAUGAUCACCGGCCUCGUGUGCAUCACCCCGGCCGCCGGGCUGGUGCAGGGCUGGGCCGCGAUGCUCAUGGGCGUCGUCUCCGGGAGCGUGCCGUGGUGCACCAUGAUGGUGCUGCACAAGCGGUGCCAGUUCCUGAAGCGCGUCGACGACACGCUCGCCGUGCUCCACACGCACGGCGUGGCGGGCAGCCUCGGCGGCAUCCUGACGGGGGUCCUGGCGGAGCCACGGCUCAGCCGCCUCUUCUUCGGCGACGACCCACGGUACGUGGGCCUCGUGUACGCACUCAAGGACGGCCGCGCCGCCGCGGGGCUCCGGCAGGUGGGCAUGCAGCUGGCCGGGAUCGCCUUCGUCGUGGCGCUCAACGUCGCCGUGACGAGCGCGGUGUGCCUCGUCGUCGGGCUGCUCGUGCCGCUACGGCUCAGCGAGGAGCAGCUGGCCGCCGGCGACGACGCGAUCCACGGGGAGGACGCGUACGCGGUGUGGGGCGACGGCCAGAUGUACGAGCAGUCGGUGCACGGAGACCAUUUGUACCCCAUGAUGUCCAACCCCAUGGCGUCCAAAGCCGACGAGAUGAUAUGAUCGGAAUGUGCAUCUCGGAUGUAAGAUCAACACGAAUAUGCUUGUAUAAUCUUGACUUUUGAGUGGUAGUAUAUCUGGAAUUUAUCCUUCGACACAAUGAUUAUAAACAUAAAACGUUAAUGGUA